AUGGUCAAACUGUGCACUCAUCAUCAGAAGCAGUUCAUUCGUGUUCUGAACGAUCUGUACACUGAAUCUCAGCCAGGCACCGAGGACCUGCGACCUUCGGAUUCUGGAACAAUGGAUGCCUCCACCUGCAAUGCUGGCUGUGCCCAGCUCGGCACCAAACAUAAGGAAAAGGAUGCUAUGUGUCUCAAUAUGAAGUCUUCUGCUUCUGUAGAGUUGUUCAUAGACUCAUCAGGCUCUCACAGCCCUCAACACUUGACAGAACAGGCCCUAAAGGAGCCUCCUCCCGAGACAAACGCUGUAGAUGGAAGACAGAAUACUUUCACUGUUGUCCAAAAAGAUUCCUCUGAACUUCCAACCACUAAACCGAAUUCAAUGGAUAGUUCCACUCUGGGAUACCUCACUGCACCUAAUUCUUCCUCAGUAAACUUCCACCACAUCUCUAAGAGCUUGGAGGGGCAAACCACUGGACAGGAGCAAGACACAGAUGUGAAAAUAUGCAAGGAUGGUAAAGACCAUGUGCAGAGUUCAGCUUUAGUAGAAAAUCUAAUUGCAGUAAAAGUGGCAACUGAGAAUAGUGAGGAGAGCAACAGCUGUAUUGUUUCUCAAAGAAAUUCAUUCAGAGCUUUAUCAGAAGAGGCUUGGGACUCAGGGUUUAUGGGGAAUUCACCUAGAACUGCUGACAAAGAGAAUGCUUUACAGUGUAGCUCAAAAACACCUUUACGCCAGGACUUAGAGGCAAGUGAACAAGAUUCAAGGCCAAAGCAAGAGAACCAUCUUCACUCAUUAGGAAGAAAUAAAAUGGGUUACCAUUUACAGCCCAGUGGUAAGAACCAGUUUGAUCAUUCCAAAGACGGUUGGUUAGCCCCCAACCCCAUGCCACCUGUACACAAAGCAUCUAAUGGACAUUCACGAACCAAGAUGCUUUCAACCUCCAUUAAGACAGCUCGGAAAAGUAAAAGGGCAUCAGGAUUGAGGAUAAACGAUUAUGAUAACCAAUGUGAUGUCGUUUAUAUCAGCCAGCCAAUAACAGAAUGCCACUUUGAGAAUCAACGAUCGGUGUUAUCUUCUCGGAAAACGGCCAGGAAGAGUACUCGAGGAUACUUUUUCAACGGUGAUUGUUGUGAGCUGCCAACUGUUCGCACACUGGCCAGGAAUUUACACUCCCAAGAAAAAGCAAGCUGCUCAACACUGGCCUCAGAGGCAGUGGUCACUCCCAAGCAGACCCUUAUCAUUUCAUCACCUCAGCCUACAGUAGAUGUGCAGCAUCCCAGAGAAGACAACUCUGAAGAACCUAGUAAAGAAAUAACUUCCCUCAAGGAAGGAGACAGAGAUGCAUCAUCUGAAAAGGAAUCUCAAGAGCCUGAGGUUUGCCCUGUGACAAAUAACGCAAACCCAAGCAGCUCCUCUAGAUCAAAGGAGACAGCAGCCUCCAACCCAGUGUGGCCUCUCCCUGCUCACCUUCCUGAAGAGGAUCUUCCAGAAGGCAGCUCUGCGGUCUCAGCUCCCACAGGAAGUGGGAUAUCUUCCCCUGAACGAGACCAACAGCCAGUUGAACUGCUAGAUACAAAGGAGAUGAGUGUACCCCAAGACUGUCCCCUGCUUCCCUCCACAGAGAGCCUUUCUGAGGGAGGCAGUGAAGAUGUUGUUCCUAGGCCUUGUUCCCCUCCUGAAACAGUAAGUAGAGAGGAAAGUCCUCUGUGCUCAGAAAAUCAAAGUCCCCCAGUGGGCUUGGAGCCUCCCACGAGCCUGGGAAAGGCUGAGGAAGACCAAAGCAUCGGUACUGAGGCUGAGACUGAAGACACUCAGGAGUUAGAUACUGACCCACUCUUGAAGGAAAGCAGCACUUUGACUAAUGAAAACCCCAGUGAAAUUGAGGAAAGUGAGGCACCAGGUGGUACAGGAAAAUUCGAGGGAGAGGAUAGUGAUGUAAAACAUCUUACAGAAAAAGAUAUGUGUGAUCAAAACAUUGACUCACCUGAAGAGAAUCUGGACAAGAAGAAAAAAGGUAAAAAAUUCCCCGAGGCCUCUGAUAGGUGCCUAAGAAGUCAACUUUCAGAUUCUUCCUCUGCCGAUAGGUGCCUAAGAAAUCAAAGUUCAGAUUCUUCCUCUGCUUGUGCUGAGAUCAAGGUUUCUAAAAAUCCUGGUGCAAGACGUUCUAAAAAAGAAGGAUAUCCUGGUGGGGCAGCACCUGAGAGCUUCCUGACUGAAGGUUUCCAUACACAAGCUCUGGAGGACACUGAAAACCCAAAUGUCAAUGAAAACCCCUCUGAGAAAGAUGCUGAGCAGGAGGGCGAAGGAGGUGGGAUGAUCACCAGGCAGGCUUUUAGAAACAUGCUAGCAAAAGAAGUCAAGGGGGAAGAAGGCGUUUUCCCCAGCAGUGACCCCUUAGCCGCAGUUGGCCAGCCGCCGCCUGGAGAGAAACUGGAAAUCUAUGUUCAGUCUAAAUUAGGUGAGAACAGUACUCAAGACCCCUCUGAAAGCAUUCCUUGUACGUUCCCAGAACAAUCAAAAGAGAAGCCAGGACCUAUUCCUGCACAAGAGACGGAAGAGGUUGUAAAUGAUACAGAUAGUGCGGACAGCCCGCGUAAAGAAGAUGACAGUGACGUGCUAUCUAGCACAGUUGGAUUGUCGAGUAGUAGAAGUGAUGACGCUGCUGGGCCCCCAAAAUGGGUCCCAAGGCUUACAAGACUGACCUCCUCAACCUACAACCUAAGACAUGCUCAUUCUCUGGACUCCUUGGAUACUAUAAAAGUGACUUCCGAAAAGGAAUCAGCACAAGGAAACGCAAUGCCAAAGGAAAAUGAAACUUCAGAGAGUGGAGAUCCCUUAGACGAGGAUGACGUGGACACAGUGGCAGACGACCAGCCAAAGUUUGUAGAAUGGUGUGCCGAGGAGGAGAACCAAGAGCUCAUCGCCAGCUUCAAUGCCCAGUACCUGAAAGUUCAGAAGGGCUGGAUCCAGCUGGAGAAAGAAGCCCAGCCAACACCAAGAGCAAGGAGCAAGUCAGAUAAGCUGAAGGAAAUUUGGAAAAGCAAGAAAAGGUCACGGAAAUGUCGGGGUUCGCUGGAGGUUCAAAAGUUUUCUCCUGUUCAGAUGCUGUUUAUGACAAACUUUAAAUUAUCUAACGUUUGCAAGUGGUUCUUAGAGACAACGGAAACCCGGUCUCUGGUGAUUGUGAGGAAGCUCAAUACCCGUCUUCCGGGAGACAUCCCACCUGUGAAGCAUCCUCUCCAGAAGUACUCUCCUUCCAGCCUGUACCCCAGUUCACUACAGGCUGAACGCUUGAAAAAACACCUGAAGAAAUUUCCUGGAGCUACUCCUGCUAGGAACAAUUGGAAAACACAGAAGCUCUGGGCUAAAUUUCGGGAGGAUCUUGACCAAGUGGAGCCAGAGGAUGACAGUGACGUUAGCCUCAGCCCCAAUCCUGAAGACAGCAUAGAGGAGGUCAAGGAAGGUAGAAAUAGCCAUCCUCCCACAAACUCACCUACCCCUGCCAGUACCCGGAUCCUUAGAAAAUACUCCAACAUUCGAGGAAAGCUCAGAGCCCAGCAGCGUUUGAUCAAGAACGAGAAAGUGGAAAGCCCAUUUGGUCCGGCUGUGGAAAGUAAACAGAGUUGUAAGAGUGUGUGCAUCAACCCUCUGAUGUCCCCCAAGCUUGCCCUGCAAGUAGGUGCAGAUGGGUUUCCUGUUAAGCCCAAGAGUACCGAUGGAAUGAAGGGAAGGAGAGGGAAGCAGAUGUCUGAAAUCUCGCCGAAAGCAGAAGUUCAGAAUAAACGCAAGAGGACAGAAGGCGGCAGCACUCAGGACAGGAAGGACAAGGGAGCUGCGAUGAAGGCCAGCAGAGAAAAGCACGUUGAUGGAUCCACCAGAAGCCCCGCUGCCAAGAAGCCAGCUGCAAGGGACAGAGUCAGCCAACUGCCCAAAAAGACGACUUUGAAAGAGAAGAAAGGGAAGAUCCCUAAAAAGUCACCUGGGAAGAGCUGCCCUCCCUCCAGGAAAGAAAAAGAGAAUACAAGCAAAAGACCUACCCAGCCCUCCCCCUCAGAGAUGGUGACAAAACCUGCAAAGCAAAAAGGGGCAGGUGAGUCCUCUUCAAGGCCACAGAAAGCCACAAAUAGGAAGCAGAGCAGUGGAAAGACUCGGGCCAGACCCUCGACGAAAACCCCAGAGAACAGUGCAGCCCAGAGAAAGCGAAAGCUGAAGGCAAAGCUGGACUCUUCCCACAGCAAACGGAGGCGGAUGGAUACAAAGUGAUUGGAAGGGCAGUAUUCAAGAGUUAAAACUGUUCUACAGAAGUAACCCUUUAUUUUGCAUUAACUAAAUCUGCUUUUAUAAGCUUAUCAAGCCUUUCAAGUCUGCAGUUAAUGGAGAACACCACAAUUUAAGAUGUCAGAAAUUGCAUCUCAGAUGGAGAAGGGAACUUGCAGAGUCUUUCUCUGAGGCUGAGUAAGGGAAGUUAUAUAUUAUAUUCUGGUUGUUCCUUGGGUUUUAAACUUGGAACCAAGCAGUUUUAGUUUUUAAAAGUACAGUGCCUUAUUUAUCCUUUUUGUUUUUAAAUUUACAAAAGCUAAAAAGCUGAUCUAUGUGAUUAAAGGCUUGUAUUUUAUACUUGAUGCACAAGCACUUGUACUGUAGCCGAGAAGACCACCAUCAUGCACAUAAAAGUAGCUUUUCAGCAGCCACCCUACAGUAUCUGUACAUGAACAGAUGCUCCUCUUUGCAAACCCCAGCAGUGAACUUCCCUCUGUCUUGUUUGUUUAAAUGAUAUUUGAAAGCUAAACCAAAUCAUUUUUAUGGUAUGUGGAGAAUGCAGAGGGAAUUUAUAAUUAUUAUAAAAGAUUAAUAUUUCUGUUACCCCAUUUUAAAAAUUCAUAUUCAUUGUUGGUCACUCAUCUCUGAUCUUUUGUCAUUUGAAGAAAGUAUUCUAAAUUAUGUGCCCAUGGGUUAAGAG